UUAGACAGAAAUUAAAUUUAGUUGCAGUUAAUCACUCGUGCGUGAACGUUUGUCUAAAUAAAUUUUCUCAAAUAACUGUAAUUAAUAUAAAUUAAAAAUGUCGCGUGAUGUCAAAUCCAAGCAUGAGUUAGAGAAAAAACCGAUUUUUCGUAGUGCAAAUAAAGAAAAUGUUUUUAAAGAUUCGGUAAAAAGUAAAAAAUUACUUGGUGCGAUUCCUAAGCAAAUAAUAAAUAAUGAUAAUGGGGUUGAAAAAAAAUCUCGAUCGCGUUUAUUGAGCAUUGGAAAUAUUCCCCCGAGAAAUUUAAAAAUAAAAAAAGAGAUAAAUUUUUCCCCAUCAAUAAAAUCCGCGGGUAUGUAUAGUGGCUCGCGCUUUGAAAUUUUUAACGAGGAUUUAAUGAACGGUUCCGUUGCAAUGGAAAUUAAAAUGCAUAAAAAAAUAAAAGAGCAUCAUGAUAAUUUUGGUAUCGUUAAGGAAACUACAGAAAAAACAAAACUAACAAUUAAAAAAAGCAUUAAAAAUCCUGGCAACGGAAAUGGAGCCGGGGUUGGAGAUAAAAAUGAUCUAAUAUAUGAAGUCGAUAAAAUACAAUUUAAAAGUACGCCUAAGACAGUCGCGUUUGCUGAUGACUGUGUUGAGCAAGGAGGACAUAUUGGCGAAGGAAAUAAUUUUUCUGUGAAGACUCCGAGGGAAAAGACGCCGAUGCCAUCGGUCGCGAACGCUAACGUCGAUGAGUUGACACAGAGAAGCAAAUUCCGGCGCGUAAAAUCAUUUUUCAAGGACAUUGAGAAAAAUGACCCCGUUGGUGAAGAUAAAGCUGGCGAUAAGAAGGUACUGAAGCGCAGGGCCUCGCAGCAGUUCUUGGAGAGCUUGGGGUAUUUUGAACAAAAAGCUCAAGAGGGAGACAUCAAAGGGUCCAUAAAAAAUGAUUUUCCCGGAAGUUUGCAGGCCAAGAGAGUCAUGGAGCUGAAAGCUGAAGACAAAAGAGCUAAAAAUGGAACCCCAGAGGAUACCAGAUUUAAUUUGCCACCCAAAGAACCGAUAAAAGUCGAGCAUAAGAAGUCAUCGGUAGCAACAAUCGUAAAGAAGAAGCUGAUCAACAGUUCAUUUCUUAAUUACACUCCUGAUUAUUAUAAUAAAGAUUUGCUGAAAUUUUAUGAAGAAAAAGAAUCCACUCGCCGUCGGAUUUUAUUUGAUAACCGCCGACUUAAUUUAUCAAAAAAUCAGAGAGCCAUUCUUGUCAAACAUCUUAUCAACGUUAACAGAGGUUUUAAUCAUCCGACGUAUUUAACGUACUACGCAGUUCGUUUGAUGGAUGACGUCUUGUCACUUUUAACACCAAUACCAACAGAGAGAUUACAACUUGUAGAAUUGGCCUCUUAUUGGAUUAUUUUGAAAAGAGAUCAUCAUUUCCACUGCACGCCUUUGGCUGAUAAAAUUGUUGCGCUAUCAAAUGGCGCAUUUACGGUUAAAGAAUUAAAUGAAUGGGAGCGCAAAAUAUUAAUGUUACUAAGUUUUGAUAUUUCGUAUCCUGAUGUGUCAUCGAUGGUAGUUCUAAAUAUUUUGUCAGAUUCAAAUCUUUCAAGAAUCGGGGAUAAUAAUAUUGGUAGUGCUUAUUAUUUCGCUAGCUAUAUGAUUGAAGUAUCGCUCUUUGAUGAACAGUUAAUGGAGGAAUCCUCAAUAUUAUUGGCAUCUACAAUUGCCGAAUUAUCAGUUGUGUUAGUAAUGAGUACCCCCUAUUCUACUGCAGAUAUUUCGUCAAGUGGUUGGUCUCCUUUGUAUGCAAGUCGAUUUCGAGAGCAAGACAGAAUGCGUGUUCGUUCAAGGAUAAUACAACAGAUAAUAAAAUCUGUUGGUGGCGGUGAUCAAGAACAUUGCGUUUAUUCAAAAUAUAAGCGAUCCCGCUAUGGUGCAGUAUCUCAAGCUCUCAUUUUGCACAUAACGAAACUACUGCCAUCGUCCGAUGAUUGAAUAUCUUAAUCAAUCAAUCAACUUCGUCAUAAAUGUUAUCUGGUUUUAAUUCGCUGAUCAGUUGAAUGUAUGUCUUUUUUAUUUAUUUAUAGAGGAAUUUUACGAAAUAUUUAUAAUGAAUUCGAGCUGGUCCUCAUUAAUUAGUAUUAUAAUUUUGUAUAAGAAAAAAUUAUUGUAAUUCUUUUAAAAAAAUAGAAAUUUAUCAUUUAAAUAUAAA